AUGCCAGCAGUAGCAUUAACAAAAUAUAAUCUCAUUUACCACCAGAGGGGAGCGCCGAUUAAGCACAAUCGCAGCAUUCGCAUUUGUGCCUCAAUUUUAGGCAUAGGCUGCAUAGCCGCCGGAGCCAACAAGGCCAUGGUGACCACCGCCGCAAGCAGCAGCAGCAAUGGUGGCGCGUAUACGACGAUCAAAGAAAGAGUGAGAUUCGAAAAGGAGAUCAAGAAGAGCAAGUUCAUCGCCAUCGCUGGUCCCAUCCCCGACGAACAAUCCGCUCAAUCCUUCCUCUCCCAGGUCCGAGAUCAACGUGCUACUCACAAUUGCUGGGCGUACAAGGUUGGAGAUCAAUACCGGUCUAAUGAUGAUGGUGAACCGUCGGGAACAGCCGGAAAACCCAUUCAUUCUGCUAUUGAAUCUUCAGGAAUUGAUAGAGUUAUGGUGGUCGUCAUCAGGCACUUUGGAGGUAUUAAAUUGGGUACUGGAGGACUUGUCAGGGCUUAUGGAGGAGUUGCCUCAGAAUGCUUGAGAAAUGCCCCAACUUGUCUUGUAAAAUCCAAGGUGAGAAUGGGUGUGGAGGUUCCAUUUGAUCUUUUGGGCGUUCUAUACCAUCAGCUACAGUCGUUUCAAGUUGAAGACAUCAAGCAAGAUUAUGAGACUGGUAAAGAUGGCAUCACCAUGGUUACUUUCCAAGUUGAUUUUGACCGUAUUGAGAAAUUGGAGGAUGCUAUCAAAAGCCAUUGUAGCCGUGACUUAGUGUUCUAUAAGCGCUGA